CCUGCUCUCUCUCGGCGGACUGUCCUCGUUUGUUUUUGUUGUGUGAGAGGAAGGGAAGCAUCAAGCCUACAGAUUAAACAUUUGUGGGGUAUUUAUAAAUAAUUUCCUCACUUAAUUAUAUGAUAUUGCUUUAGAUCAGGUAUCUAUAACCGUAUUAUUUAAUUGGCGUGAUCCAUCGUUUCGUGCAGAGACUCACUCAGAUCUAUGAGAGGGAAGUGAAUGUCAAGCUAGUCGACCAGUUAGCUUCCAAUUACAUGCGAGUUAACUCACAACACCUUGCCAGCUACAGCCUAACGUUACAUCAAUAGAUUACGGGACAGGUCACUUCUCUGGGCAACUGUUUUACGUUAUCCAUUUUCUACAAAAUCGUGGGGGGAUUAUUUGAUCUAAAUCAUGAGUGAAGAGGAGAGUUCCACCUCAACGGGUAACAACAAGGACUCGAGCAUUUCGCUCCUACUAACCAAGGACGGACAGACGUACUACGUUGACAAAAGCGGUGUUGUCGACUGCAGAAAUGUAGUCACGCCGCAAGAAUCGGACAAUAACAUGUUCUCGUACGACAUGGAUGAUGCCGACGAGGAGAGCGAUGUUUUAGACACCUCGGACCCGCGUGACAGCGCUGCGAGUCCCGAAGAGCUCAACGAGGAAGACGGAUUCGGGGAGAACGAGAACGUGUCGAAAACGUGCACGUACGACGGUUGUACGGAGACCACGACCCAGGUAGCCAAGCAGCGGAAACCCUGGAUGUGUAAGAAGCACCGUAACAAGAUGUACAAAGACAAGUACAAGAAGAAGAAAAGUGACCAGGCUAUGUCCAGCGGGAAACAAGAUGAGAGCUUGGAGGAGAGGCCUGUGUCUGUAAACAAGCAGCGUCUUGGCACCGUGGGGGACCGGCCGGCCAGACCCUCCCUCAUCGAACAGGUGCUCAACCAGAAGAGACUGUCUCUGCUGAGGAGUCCUGAGGUCAUCAGGUUUCUACAGCAGCAGCAGCGUCUCCUGACCACCCAAAGUCACAGCCAAUCACAGCCUGACUUCCAGGGCUGCUAACGGGACAACAGGGGAGGGGCCAGCCACUCUCUGUGUGUCCACCUCCAGACACGGGUUCUAGAAUGUAGAAUGUUCUGGAAUUAUGCUAAGUCAUUCUGGAACUAUUCCAUCUAUCACGGUGGCAGGAGGACACAGUUGUUAGUAACUAUCUAACUCAUAGGGGUUGACCAACCCCUAACCUUAACACAACCCUGACAUUACCCUAACUAUCUAACUCAUAGGGGUUAACCAACCCCUAACCUUAACACAACCCUGACAUUACCCUAACUAUCUAACUCAUAGGGGUUAACCAACCCCUAACCUUAACACAACCCUGACAUUACCCUAACUAUCUAACUCAUAGGGGUUAACUAACCCCUAACCUUAACACAACCCUGACAUUACCCUAACUAUCUAACUCAUAGGGGUUAACCAACCCCUAACCUUAACACAACCCUGACAUUACCCUAACUAUCUAACUCAUAGGGGUUAACCAACCCCUAACCUUAACACAACCCUGACAUUA